UUUGAAGAAGAAGAAGAAGAAAAAGCUAUGGCGUCACUUCCGCAAACAACAUGGCGGUGUCUUUGCGAACGGAGUGCAGUAGAGUGAUUAUGAGAAGCAGGUGUGGAUUGUGUACGCGAGAGACGAUGAGAGAGUUGGUCGCGGUAGGCAGGUGUGUCAGGUGUGCCCGCUUUAAUGACGUGAACAGAGCGUUUCCUCUGAGCUCCUGCCAGCAGCGCAGCUUCACCGCUGGUCGUGGCCUCCUGUCCCGCCCACGGCCUCUCCCCCUCCUGUUGGGGACAGGUGGUGCUUACCUUGGUUACCAGUACUACAAGAGGAGGGGUGAACAGGAUGAUGGUGCCCCGCCCUCUCUGGCCACGCCCACACAGGUGGCAUUGUACCGCUCCUUCCCAACUCGCCUCCUCUCUCGGGCCUGGGGACGUGUGAACAGGGUGGAGCUCCCCACCUGGCUCCGAAAACCCGUCUACUCCCUCUACAUCUGGACCUUUGGGGUCAACAUGCAGGAGGCUGCCGUGGAGGAUUUACAUUACUACAGGAAUCUGGGAGAAUUCUUCUGUCGACGUCUGAAACCUGCGGUCCGGCCGCUCUGCACCUCCUCCUGCCUGAUCUCCCCAGCUGAUGGGAAGGUCCUCCAUUUUGGUCGGGUGCAGAACUCUGAGGUGGAGCAGGUCAAGGGGGUCACCUACACUCUGGAGAACUUCCUGGGUCCACAGAAGAGUCAGAACAACAACUUGUCCUCAUCCUUCAGGGAUGUCCUCCUGUCGUGUCCAGAGAGCGACCUAUUCCACGUUGUGGUCUACCUGGCUCCAGGUGACUAUCACUGCUUCCAUUCACCCACAGAUUGGACGGUGGAGCUUCGACGUCACUUCCCAGGCUUGUUAAUGUCUGUUAACCCGAGUGUGGCUCAUUGGGUCAAAGAGCUCUUCUGCCUUAAUGAGCGUGUGGUGCUCACCGGCCAAUGGCAGCACGGCUUCUUCUCGUUAACAGCAGUCGGAGCCACGAAUGUUGGAUCCAUCAGAGUUUACUUUGACCAGGACCUUAAGACAAACGCCCCUCACUACAGUAAAGGCUCUUUCUACGAUCGCAGCUACGUUGCCAUUGACAACCAGGUGUUGAAGGCGGCAGGUGAAGGGGCUGUGGUCUUGCAGAAGGGGGAGGCACUGGGGGAGUUUAAUCUGGGCUCUACCAUUGUUCUGCUGUUUGAAGCGCCCAAAGAUUUCAGAUUCAACCUGCAGCCGGGACAGCGAAUCAGACCAAUCGAAGCAGCCAGAGCAGUUUGUGUCAACUAG